GGUGUCCCGCAGGGUUUCUUCCGCCGCAGCAUCCAGCAGAACAUCCAGUACAAGAAGUGCCUGAAGAAUGAGAACUGCUCCAUCGUCCGCAUCAACCGCAACCGCUGCCAGCAGUGCCGCUUCAAGAAGUGCCUGCUGGUCGGCAUGUCCCGCGACGCCGUGCGCUUCGGGCGCAUCCCCAAGCGGGAGAAGCAGCGGAUGCUGGCGGAGAUGCAGAGCGCCAUGAACGGCAUGGGCAGCCCCCCGCCGGGGGGGGCGAGCAUCGGCGAGGGUCCCGUGCCGGGCGGGGGCCACGCGUUGCCCCCCGGCCCCCCGCCGCUCGUCCCCCCCGCCUGCUUCUCCCAGUUCCCCCAGCAGCUGACGCCCCCCGGUUCGCCCGGCCCCGGGGGGGCCACCGAGGACGUCAUCGCGCAGGUGGCCAAGGCGCACAAGGAGAUCUUCGUCUACGCUCACGACAAGCUGGGCCCCCCCCCGGCCUGCGACAGCGGCAUCCUGCGCUGGGACGCCCCCCCCGCCUGGGCCCCCGGCCCCCCCAAGCCCCGCUUCUGCCCCACCGCCUACCCCGAGCCCCUGGCGCGGGGCUGCCCCUGGCCCCGCGGCCCCAAGGACGUCCUGCCGGCCUGCCCCAUGAACAGCCACCCGCCCGGGCGCAGCGGGCGCUCGGUGCAGGAGAUCUGGGAGGACUUCUCCCUCAGCUUCACCCCGGCCGUCCGCGAGGUGGUCGAGUUCGCCAAGCACAUUCCCGGCUUCCAGGCCCUGUCCCAGCACGACCAGGUCACCCUGCUCAAGGCCGGCACCUUCGAGGUGCUGAUGGUGCGCUUCGCCUCGCUGUUCAACGUGAAGGAGCAGACGGUGACGUUCAUGAGCCGGACGAAGUACAGCCUGGAGGAGCUGUGGGGCAUGGGCAUGGGCGACCUGCUCAGCUCCAUGUUCGAGUUCAGCGAGAAGCUCAGCGCCCUCGACCUCAGCGACGAGGAGCUGGGGCUCUUCACCGCCGUCGUGCUGGUCUCGGCAGACCGCUCGGGCAUGGAGGACGCGGCGUCGGUGGAGCAGCUGCAGGAGACGCUGAUCCGCGCCCUGCGCGCCCUGGUGCUGAAGACGCACCCGGCCGAGACCUCGCGCUUCACCAAGCUGCUGCUCAAGCUGCCCGACCUGCGCACCCUCAACAACCUCCACUCCGAGAAGCUGCUCUCCUUCCGCAUCGACGCCCAGUAGGGCCCCCCCCGUGCCCCCCGCCUGCCCCCACUCCCCACCCCCCAGACCCUCCCCCCCCCCAAGGACCCUGUACAUAGCGCGGGGGCGGCCCCGGUGCCACCCACCCCACGGCUGCAGCCCAAGCGGGUGCUGGGACCCCCCCAAUUCCCCCUCCCCACGGUGCCGGGGCCCCCCCCAGGACCCCCCGCCCUGCGCCAGCAGCCAGCGGUGGAAAAGCAGAGGCCGGAGGCCAGCCGAGCUGUGUGGGUGGGUUUGGUUGGUUGUUUUUUUUUUUUUUUUCCUUUUUUUUUUUUUUCAUCAUAUAUUUAUUACAUAAAUAUAUAGUAAAAUAGACCAGCAACAAUUACCAUAAAAAUAUCUUUCUUUAAAAUCCUGACCAAAACACAAAAGGGUUUUAAAAUCGCACGUCACAGACUGUGAUUGUCACGUAGAUCAGCAGCGCCUGCCUCGGCCCCCCCCCCGCCCCCCCCCCCCCCCUCCCCCGCGCCGUACAUUCAGCGACUCCCCGCCC